AUGAUUGUCCCACGGGCUCCAGUACGGGGUCUCCUCCGCCAAACGCGACGCUGCUACUCGGGAGCCCCAUCACCUUCAGCACGUCUGAACCUGCCGAUCGACUACAAGACCACUCCUCUACUACAUCACACGCCCAGCUCCUUAUCCGGGAGCCCCGAAUUCCCUGCAGCGGCUACCAGCAAACGAUUGAACCUGUUUCAAGCCAUCAACUCCGCCCUGCGAACGGCCCUUUCUACCUCCGACAAGGUCCUGCUCUUCGGUGAAGAUGUUGCCUUUGGCGGUGUGUUUCGAUGCUCGAUGGAUCUACAGACCGAGUUUGGGUCAGAUCGGGUGUUUAAUACGCCCCUGACGGAGCAAGGUAUUGCCGGGUUCGCCAUUGGCGCUGCGGCAGAGGGAAUGAAGCCAGUGGCGGAGAUCCAGUUUGCGGACUACGUCUAUCCCGCUUUCGACCAGAUUGUGAACGAAGCUGCCAAGUUUCGGUACCGGGAAGGGGCCAGUGGGAUCAAUGUGGGUGGAUUGGUCUUGCGCAUGCCUUGUGGUGCGGUGGGCCACGGAGCACUAUACCACUCCCAGUCACCGGAAGCGCUGUUUGCGCAUAUUCCUGGCCUCCGUGUUGUCGUGCCGCGAUCACCUGCACAGGCGAAAGGCUUACUCCUCUCAUCCAUCUUCGAGUGCAACGACCCCGUUGUCUUCAUGGAACCGAAGAUCUUGUAUCGUGCCGCGGUGGAGCACGUUCCUAACGAAUACUAUACCAUCCCUCUCAGCAAGGCUGAGGUGAUCAAACCGGGCAAGGAUCUGACGAUUGUCUCCUACGGCCAGCCUCUAUACCUUUGCUCUGCUGCCAUUUCGGCCAUUGAAAAGACCAUGAAGGGAGUCAAUAUCGAAUUGAUCGAUCUGCGGACCAUCUAUCCAUGGGAUCGGCAGACGGUUCUGGACAGUGUGCGGAAAACCGGGAGAGCGGUUGUCGUGCACGAGAGUAUGAUUAACUAUGGCGUGGGGGCCGAAGUCUCCUCCACCAUCCAGGAGGGUGCCUUUCUACGGCUGGAAGCUCCUGUCAAGCGGGUUGCUGGCUGGAGUACUCACACUGGGUUGAGCUAUGAGCAGUUUAUUCUGCCUGACGUUGCAAGAAUCUAUGAUGCCAUUAAGCAGACUCUCGAGUAUUAA